AUGGAAAACCCGUUCGACCAUCCGCAGGAUCAGUACCUGCCGCGUCAGAACCAAUCUGGCUCACCAUGGAAUGCCAAUAAUCCGAGUAAUACUGGUGCUCCUCCGCCUCCGCCAAGACCACCGAGCAACCGCGCUCCCAACAACCAGGGAGCGUAUUCGCAGGGCAGCUAUACGCCUUAUAGUGCUGGAGGCGCUGGAUAUGGAUACAACUCGGCCCAAUCUGCAAUGUCUACGGUGUUGGAUCAACGCGAGCUGACGCGUAUAUUGGAAUAG